AGGAUGCGGAGGGGCAGAGGCGCCGCUGCUGCAUCGUCGCGCCGUCUCCGGGGGGCGGCCGCCUCCUGGCCCCGGCGGCCGUUGGCGGCGCCGCGCGGCUGAGGCGGGCGGAGGCGGGUCCGCGCCCGCCGAGGAUGAGCGCGGGCUGCGGGCCGGACCCCCCCCGCAAGAGAGCCCGGCCCAGCCCCGGCGGCGGCCCCGAGCCGCGGCAGCCGGAGCAGCCGCCGUCCCCGCCGCCCGCGCCCCUGCGGCAGGCCGGGCCCGGCGGCGGCGGCGGCAGCAGCCCCGCCAGCGCCGUGGGGAACAAAGUUUGUAAACAACGGACAAUUACCACUUGGUUGGAGAAUAAAGGACCCCAGACAACUGAGUCCAAAAGCUUACAAAGCAAAAUUAAUAACAACACUGAAGCAAAUCCCAAGAUGACUUCCAUUAAAAAAGACAACUUUUGUGAGCAUGAUGUGAAAAAGCUAGAGAAUAUUUGUCAGCAAAAUUAUCCAAAUAUAUCUGUGGAAGGUGGUGCAAAGCACCCAAAUUUGCCUCAGACAGGCAGCAUGUAUAAUUGGGAGGCUGAAGGUGUGUGUAAAGAUCCAGUCUUGGACACAGAGCCUGUGAGGGGGACCCAAUCUGGAGACCUGUUUAGAAAUGCCAACAUUGAUCAGAUGCACAAAACUGGCAAACAGGCUCAAAGAGGCUGUGAAGAAAACAGCGACAAUUGGACUCAAAGGAAAUUAUUGUCAGGCCGGUCUUUGAAAAUGGGAAAUACAAAACUUUCUUCAAAAGACAUCGAGACAGAUGGACAAGUGGCUUCAUACAAUUCACAUAAGCUGAAGAGUUGCCAUUCUGUUGAUGUAGUCUGUUUGACGAGUGAACAAGAGGAAGGGGAUGUAGUUCCAGAAAGCCCGCUUUCAGAUGCUGGUUGUGAUGCUUGUGUGUCUGAUCUUGGAGGUCCUGGGAAACUGAGCAAAUGUCGAAGUAGUUCAGGGGAUUCUCCUGCUUUUGAGAAAGAAAGUGAACCAGAGUCACCAAUGGAUGUAGAUAAUUCUAAAAAUAGUUGUCAUGGAUCAGAGGCUGAUGAAGAAACAAGUCCAUUUUUUGAUGAGCGAGAAGAGAUUAAUAUGUCAAAAUCCAUAAACCAAUCUUCCAGAAUUCAAUGUGAGGAUCCUGAACUGGAGUCAAGAAAGUCACGGUUUUCUACCAAGGGUUGUGAAGGCUUUGAGGGAACAGCUAAUUCUGUCAAAGAGGAUGGUCUGCAUACAAAGUCACCUGGGGUCUGUCCUGCUCCAUUGUCAGAAUGCAAAGGUGCAAAACAGGGUGGGAAGAAAGACUCCAAAAUCACCUCUCAUUUCAUGAGGAUACCUAAAAUUGAGGAGAAAAGCAGGAGAGAAAAGUGUGAAUUCAGACCUCAGAGGCCAGGAAGGAAGAUUCCUAAAUAUAUGCCACCUCCUCUUCCAACUAAUAAGAAAUGGUUUGGUACACCGAUUGAAGAGAUGAGAAGAAUGCCUUUGUGCGGGGCUCGUCUUCCCCAUCUGCGACCCUCAGCUAAUCACACAGUAACCAUCAGAGUAGACCUCUUGAGGGAAGGAGAGGUACCUAAACCUUUUCCAACUCACUACAAAGAUUUGUGGGACAACAAACAUGUUAAAAUGCCCUGCUCGGAACAAAAUUUAUACCCUGUAGAAGAUGAGAAUGGGGAAAGAACUACUGGAAGUCGAUGGGAACUAAUCCAAACUGCCUUACUUAACAAAUUUAGCUGCUCACAUGAUCUGAAGGAGGCUAUACUGAGAUACAAUGUUUCUUAUGCCAAGAAAUGGGACUUCACAGCUCUUACUGACUUUUGUGAUAAGAUUCUUGAAGAUGCAGAGGCUCAGCAUUUGUUUCAGUCCAUUCUUCCUGAUAUGGUGAAACUGGCACUUUGUCUCCCUAGUAUCUGCACACAGCCAAUACCUCUACUGAAACAGAAGAUGAAUCACUCCAUCACAAUGUCACAGGAACAAAUUGCUAGUUUUCUGGCCAAUGCCUUUUUCUGCACUUUUCCACGUCGCAAUGCAAAGAUGAAGUCCGAGUAUUCUAGUUAUCCAGAUAUUAACUUCAACAGAUUGUUUGAAGGACGAUCACCAAGGAAGCCCGAGAAGCUUAAGACUCUCUUCUGCUAUUUUAGGAGAGUCACAGAAAAAAAACCUACUGGAUUGGUGACGUUUACAAGGCAGAGUCUCCAGGAGUUUCCAGACUGGGAAAGGUCUCAGAAAAAACUGUCUAGAUUGCAUGUCACCUAUGAAGGCACUAUUGAAAGCAAUGGACAUGGUAUGCUACAGGUUGAUUUUGCAAACCGUUUUGUUGGAGGUGGUGUCACUGGGGCAGGACUAGUGCAAGAAGAAAUUCGCUUUUUAAUUAACCCAGAACUGAUUGUAUCUAGGCUCAUCACUGAAGUCUUGGAUCACAAUGAGUGUCUUAUCAUCACAGGUACUGAGCAGUACAGUGAAUAUACAGGCUAUGCAGAAACCUACCGGUGGGCAAGAAGCCAUGAAGAUAAGACCCCAAGGGAUGAAUGGCAGCGACGCUACACCGAAAUUGUUGCUAUAGAUGCAUUUCAUUUCAGACGUUUCCUUGAUCAGUUUGGUCCGGAGAAAAUUAGAAGAGAGCUCAACAAGGCCUACUGUGGCUUCUCUCGACCCAAUGUUCCACCUCAACAUCUCUCUGCAAUAGCCACAGGGAACUGGGGAUGCGGUGCCUUUGGAGGGGACUCCCGAUUAAAAGCCUUAAUACAGAUACUGGCAGCUGCUGAGGCUGGACGCGAUGUUGUUUAUUUUACCUUUGGAGAUGUGGAGCUGAUGAGGGAUAUUUACAGUAUGCACACUUUUCUCUGUGAGAAGGGCCAAACUGUUGGAGAUAUUUAUAGGCUAUUACUGAGAUACUACAAUGAAGAAUGCAGAAGCUGUUCUACUUCAGGACCAGAUGUCAAGCUGUACUCUUUCAUAUAUAGCACCAUUGAGUCCUAUGCAGAUUCUACUGAUGAUGAUGAUGAAGAAAAAGGAUAUGAGGAUUAAAAGAAGUAUGUUUUGAUUAAAACAUUGUUCCUCUCCUCCCACUGGUAUAUUGUUUGAAUUGCUGGAUGUAACAUAUGAAUUGGCUUAACUUAAUAUAUAUUGACUGCAUUGGUAGUGUUACAUAUAUCAUCCAAACAAAAAUCAACCUUUGAGAGAAGAUUUUUUGUUUGAUAGUUUCGUACAUGAAAACCUUGUUCAUGUACAUACAGAAAGGAUUUCUUGGUAAAUCCUGGCUGCAUUAUACCUUGUUCAACAGGAAAUUUUAAUACACUUGCAUUUCAGUCAAGAAAUUACUGAAAACUUCAAAAUACUUCCCUGUAUUCCUUUGCAUUUAUUUUUGAGCAACCUUACCUAGAUUUCUUAUGUAAUCUUUAUGCUGGAGUACAAGGAGCCACAUAACUCCUGGGAUGAUUGUAGAGAGAAGAAUUGUAAUGAUUGUUCUUACUGACAAUUGUAUUAUUUUCAUUACCUCCUUAAGACUGCCACAGUAUUUUGGUUUUCUUUUCAACUUUUUCAUUCAUUUAAUUUAAAUGUCCAGCUUUUAAUAUAAUUAUUAAAAAGUGGUUAAAAAUGGAAAAAUUCAGGGGGAGCUGUAAUGGAGUCCAUAACUGUUAUCUUCAUCAGACAGAAUAAGGUAAGAAGUUGGCAUGAAGGAGUAGAGCAAACCUGAAGUAUAGAAGGCUGGGAAAAGGAGGAAUACGGUCAGAGUUAGUAGAAGUAAACACUUUCACGUGAGACUUCUAAAACCUUCUAAAUGUUACUGGACCUGUCUGUGACAACAUUGAACAAGGUCUUAAACAUAUACUAGUAUAUCUGAAGUUUCUCAAGGUUCACUGUUGUUGGCAGUAUCACUUGAAUUCAGGUCUGCUAAUUGUGUUUAUAUUCUCAUAUCAGUCCUCUGUUAUUGAAAUAUUCACAUAUAGAAGCAUAAGACACAGAUGGGACGGCUUGGGUGAGGAAAUGGAAAUCAUUUGCAUAUCAGUGGGAGGAAUGUCUUCAGGCUACAAAUAAAAAAAGUUAGAACAUGAAGUCUUGUUAGGAGGUUGUGCCUGUGUCUUUUUAGACAUGGGAAAGAAGAAUGAAGAGAGGUGUCAAAAGAUGUUUGAAAAAAACAACUGUGCUAUUACCAUCUACGUGAAUACCAAAUGAGUGUUGCUGUAGUACAUUAGAGAAAAAUUAAUAGUUUACACAAAACUUCAGGUACAUCAGUGAUAAAACUUUUCCAGGCCUCUGUACAGGGCCAGUCCAGUGAAAGGUUUGUCUCCUAGUAGUUGAUCCACAGUUGAAGCCCAAAUUGCUAAAUUUAGCCUCAUCUGUGUUAGAUUUCUUUUGUCUGGUCUGUCAUUGUUGUUAUAACCAGUUUAGCAAUACAAGCAAAAACCAGCCGCAGGAAACGUAGUGAGCUAAGGCUCUAGUGUCAACAAAUCCUUUGGGUUCAUGUCUGACAGAAUCUCUCCAAGCCUGGAAUAUAACAUAAUUAAAUGCUCAGAGCUGUUGGGAGUCUGGCUUACAAUAACAUGUUCACUGUUGGAGCUGCUCUGGUAGAAACGACAGUGAAGAGUUUGGGUCAUUUAUAAAUACUUCAGAGUGCUGCACCAUUGUAUUAAUGCUACAGUGGGCAGCUUGGAAGCAUGUUGCUUGGAAGCUGACACAGCAGCUUAAGCAAUUUCUUCCCAUCAUUCCUAUGAACUGUAGUUUUCUCCACCUACAUCCAUUAUAACCAAAAAAGAAAGAAAAUGUUACUUUGUUCACAACUUGUGUCCUUAGAGUUAGCAAAAAUUGUUUCCUCCUGCUCUUAUUGUUCCAGCGUUAGCUCAGAUUCUGGCAGUAGGAAUAACACUGUUUAUCGUAAGCUCUUAUUUGGGCAUUUAGUUCAACUAUGAUAGUGUUUCUAGAUGCGGUGCUGAUGAUAAAUGUACCCUGUUAAUUAAAACAAGUGAUGGAAAAUUGGUGCUAUUUGCCAAACCUUAUUCACCUUACUGCUCAGGAUUUCCUAUAGAAAAAAUAAACAAAAUCUGUUCCUGAACAACUGGAAGAAAAUAUAGCAAGAAGCUUUAGGUGGCUAGAUAUGACUUCCCCUUUCUUGUAAAUAAGAACAUCUUUAUUAGUGAAAUAUUUAUUUUCAUCAUGGGGGAGAAGUGAUUUUUAUGUAUGAAAAAUGUACCAAAUAAGAUGGUAGAAAAUUCUACAUCAGCUCUAGAAAUGGAAAAAUACAUUUAACUUUGGAAAGAUUCUCUCAAGAUCAUAUUAAAGUGUUUUCAGUUAAGAGAAUUUUUGUAGUGUCAAGUAUUUCCAGGAUAAUCCUAAUGAUCAUACAUAGUCUAUAAUUUCACUGAUACCUGAGGAUUUUCUAACAUGGGGAAGAAUGCCUCUUAUUUGAGAUCAUUCUUUAGGAUAUGCUUCCUAUACUUUUUUUCCUGCGAAAUGUGAUUGUAGGGACAGGCUAAAAGGAAAAUAAGAGUUAAGAAGCUGACAACAGUGUUAGUUUCCUGUCACUUUCUAAUUUGAAAAACAACUAAACUGCCCAUAAUGCUGCAUCAGUGUGGAAGCAGGAAUUUUGGAUCAGUCUAAUCUGUGCCCUGCAUCUUAUUUACUUUUCCAUCCAACUACUACUCUCCAUUUCUAAACUACCUGAAAUGUUUUCUUUAGCUGGAGAUGUUAUUUUGGUGCUCUACAUGAAAAAGUGUGAAAUGGAGAUGCUGAUGGUCUCUUUGUGCACCCUAGUAAACUUCAGUUUCACUCUUCUAGAAACCUGUUUAUGGAGUACUCUUUUUUUGGGCUUUUUUAUUACAUUAGGGAUCUUUGCUAUAUGAUUUCAAAUAAACUUCUACCAAAACUAUUGUUUUAUACUUGUUUUAGCAGCUAAAUUGAAUGCUUAAUAUGAAAUAACAAUGGGCAGUCAUUUAGAUUGCAAUGUUGCCUCAUAAUCAAGGUUGGUGUCAGAGCAUGUCUGUUUGUUUUAUGGCUCUUGCACCUAAAUUCCUCAGUUAUGAGGUGAUAGUUAUGAGGUGUUCUUAUCUAAUGAUGAUUACCCAUUACUGUAUAUAUUAAUUUAUAAACUGUUGAAGUGUUGACAUUCUUUUAAACCUACAGUUUAUGCAUCGUUAUAUUAUAUUGAUUUUUUUCUGGAUCAGUACGCUAAUGUUUACAUGAUUUUGUAGGAAUACAAUUAAAAAAUUCUGAUUGAA